GGGUUCUUGGAGGCAAGUUUUGAAGAGGAAGCACCUGUAGAAAAGAUGUUCGGAGAAAAAGCUCUAGAACUGAUAAAAGAGUUACAAAGAUGUUUAGAUGGAUCUUUGCCUCCUUUCAAUGAAGAGGGUGUUCGGCAGGUUUUAGAGGAAAUGAAAGCAUUGUUUGAACAGAACCAGGGGGAUGUGAGUGCAACUGUAGCAGGUGAAACUGGUUUGUUUGCUGGUGUUCAACUAAGACAUGCUGCAUUAGAAAGAAAUAAAAGAUGCCUGCUGGCUUAUUUAUACAAUCGAAUACAACAAAUAAAAAAAAUGAGGUGGGAAUUCGGAAGUGUGCUUCCUCAAGAUAUAAGAUACAAUUUAUCUGAACAAGAGGUCCAGUGGUUUAAUAGAUAUAAUAAGUGCUUGGCUAAUUACAUGCGGUCAAUUGGCGAGGACGGAGGCCUAGACUUGACACAAGACAUCAAACCCCCAAAAACUUUAUACAUUGAGGUUCGAUGUACAACAGACCAUGGAGAAUUUGAAACCCAGGACGGGAAUGUUUUAGUGCUGAAGAAAAAUAGUCAGCAUUUUUUAUUAAGAUCGGAAUGCGAGCACCUAAUUCGGCAAGGGAUCCUAGAACAUAUUGUCCAUUGAGAAAGACUUGGGUAUCGAGACAAAGCUUUUCUGAAUAUGGUUAUUGAUUAUGGAGUUGCACUUGUGAACAAAAAAGUUUUUGAAAAGUAAACCGAUUGCUGAUUAUAAGAAAAAAGGAGGCAGUUUCUUGCAGACAUUUUCUGCAUUACACCCAAUGCUCAGAAUUACAAAAGUUUAAGUACUCAAGACAUAUUUUAACAGUAAUUUCAGUGUAGCACCUCAAUUUUUGUUUAAGGUCUAUGAAAAACUCUAAGUUCAUGCAAUCAUAAUUAUAUAUCAAUUGUCUGCAAAUUUAUUAUCGAUUUGGUGAAAUUUGGGUUAUUUGGCUGAAAGACCAAAGAUCUGCUGGCAUGAUCGCAGGUAAUACAUAUACACGAUGAGAAGCUUAUUUCUUCAAAGAGUAGUUUAUUUCAAGCUUGUCACCUCUCCUGUUGGUACAAAGAGAUAAUAAUCAUUGUUAAUAACGUGUACUUGUAAAAUAACAUAACAAUAAAAGGCCAAAAACAUCCUGAA